GGUCUGGCAUGUUUGCGCUAUUCCGACGGGCUCUAGUUUCGUUAGAAUCGCUCCCAUCCACAUUCACUCGUCGAAAACUAAACCAGUUGUAUUCUACCGCCGCACCCGAACCAGAUGACGCUGUGAGCAAAAAGUUUGUCGCUGCCUUAGCUGCGGCCGUAGAGACGAAACUGGCGGAUAAAAAAGUAGAGGCGCAGCGCAGAAUGGAAGCACACCAGAUCAAAAGAAGCGUAGAGCAACGCUACAAUGGGGCGGUAAAGCGCCGUAAGUGGGAAGACCCUCCGGAAGAUCCGGAAGCGGUGAGAAACUUUGAUCCCGCGUCGAGGGUGAAGCGGCGCAAGAGUGUCAUCUUGCUGGGGUACUCGGGGGUCGACUAUUUUGGAAUGCAGCGCAACCCCGGCACACGCACAAUCGAGGAAGAUCUGCUGCGCGCCAUGCUGAAACAAAACUGGAUCAACGACGAAGGUUUCCGGCAGCCACAACAAAUCCAGUUCCAGCGCGCGGCCCGCACGGACAAAGGGGUAUCGGCUGCUGUGCAAGUUGUUUCGAUAAAAUUACCCGAUAAUCUCGACAUUGAUGCCCUCAACUCUGAACUGCCGCCACCUAUUCGUGUUUACGCCGUGAAGCGCGUUACGAAAGGUUUCAAUUCCAAGAGCAAUUGUGACGCGCGAACGUAUACCUAUACGCUGCCCACUAUAGCCUUUGCAGCGGAAGACGAAAAGGGCCUCGAAAUACUGACGUACCGGCUGCCAGCGGAACGAUUGCAGCGUGUAAACGAAGUGCUUGCGCUCUAUGUGGGCACGAAGAACUUCCACAACUUUACUAGCCGCAAAGAGUUCAUCGACCCGUCCGUUAAGCGGUACAUCAUGCAGUUCGAGUGUGAAGCACCUUUUGUGCCUGACGGAACUACCGCAGAAUUUGCGACUAUUCGCAUCAAGGGACAAAGUUUUAUGCUUCAUCAAAUCCGUAAGAUGGUUGGCCUGACGCUAGCUGUCGUGCGGGGCCUUAGUGGUGCCGAUAUCAUUGAGAAAGCUUUCGGACAGGAGCGAUACGGCAUUCCGACCGCCCCCGGAUUGGGCCUGGUGUUGAGUCGCAUUCACUACGACAAGUACAACAAACGGUACGGCGAAGAUGGGUGCCACGAGAUGUUGGACUUUGAGAAGGAAGAACCACUUAUACAGGAAUUCUUCAAACAGCACAUUGCUUCCACGAUUGUUGAGACGGAACUUAAAACCGCAUCGAUGUUGGAAUGGCUCGAAAAGUUGCCACUUCACAGCUAUGAGCCACGUGACGAGAAUGAACCGGGAGAAUGGAAAAAGCGUAAACCGAAUGAUGAUGAUGAUGAUGGAGAUGAAUAA